UCGUCGCCUCUCAUCCGAGAUCAGAAGGACGGGAGCGGAGCGAUCGUCGAUGCGGCGACAUCCUUGGACCCGUCGUCGAUGAUGGGCCUCGCGUUGACGGCGCAGCUCGGCGCCCUAGCGGCGUGCAUCGUCCUCUUUCUGCCACUCGGCAUGGCCGGAUGGAACCUCAGCCGCAACAAGGUCCUCUUCUUCAGCGGCGCCCUUUUCAUCUCCCUCGCCGUUGUUAUCCACCUAGCUCCCCACCUCUCCUCGCUCUCCCUCUUACUCCUAUCCUCUCUCUCGCCAUCAAUCGGAACCGACGGCACCUCUUCCUCUUCCUCCGAUGCGAUUCCCGCUGCUUCUUUCUCCUCUUGCAUUCCUUUCCUCCACGACAUCACUUGGCGUCAAGAAUCUCCUGCGUCCUCGGCGGCAUGGCAAUGGACCCCGGCCACCCAUGCUGCGGGUUGCGACUUCCAGAGGGUCUCCCGCCCCGACGCCUCCGACCUCCUCAACGGUUCUUGGAUCCUGGUCGCCGGCGAUUCCCAGGCCAGGCUUCUCACCCUAGCCUUCCUCCGCCUACUCCUCGACCCCGUCGCCCUCCCGCCCAUCGAAGCCGACCUCUUCCGUCGCCACUCUGAUUACCACGCCUCUCUCGCCGACCGCGGGAUCACCCUCGACUUCGUCUGGGCGCCCUUCGAACCCAACCUCACGACUGUCCUCCGCGGCCUCCGCAGCCGCAGUCCCGCCGCCCGCCCUGACGUCAUCGCCCUGGGCUCUGGUCUCUGGCACAUGUUGCAUUUCACCAACUCGUCCCUCUUUGGUGAGUCUCUCAUCUGGCUUAAGCGGGCCGCCGUGGCGUUGCUUUCGACUGCGCCGCUUCACCCGCCCCACAUGUUCUGGCUGGGAUUGCCGAUGCUGGUGAACUCGAUGCUUAACACCGAGGAGAAGAGGGUGAGAAUGAAUGAAACAGUGUGGGAUGAGUAUGACCAGGAGCUAGCGGAAAGCACCAUCCUGAGAAGCGACGGCGGGCCUUGUUUACAUGUAGACAUUGGAUCAUUGAGCCAGGGCUGCGGUCGAAGAUGUACGACUGAUGGGAUGCACUACGAUAAUGUGGUGUAUGAAGCGGCGCUUCACAUUAUGCUUAAUGCUCUUUUGAUUGAAUCUCAACAGCGAAUUUGAAACUUGCCGAGCUUGAUUACUUAGAGGAUUUUUUGAGAUUUCUGCUGAAAAGGUGUGCCUUCUGCUUACUGAUAACUCUCUUGUGUGCUGUUGAAGAUUCUCCUAUGUUUUUCACUUCACUUUUGAUCGUAGUUUUGAAAAUUGGGAGCAUACUUUGUGGAAUACAACAUUCUUUUUUGCCUAACUGGAUAAGAUCUAUGAUGUAACUUCAUCACGAUAAUACACAAGGGGAAAAAAUAUAUAGAGAAAUCUUACUUGUCCUGUGAUGUAAGAACAAAUAUUCCAUCUUUUUUCUUUGCAAUGAAAAGUUUUUUGUUCUUCUUUUCUAGAAUUAUAUUAUAUUUCUAUGUGUGGUCAUGACUUACCCAGCAUGUGUUAUUUUCUUCUGAAAGCAUUCUUUUUU